CCCCCCCCCCCCCCCCCCGUGGAAGUUGUGACGGGCGCGGAGUCACGUGAGGGGAGAAAACGGGAAACCGAGCAACGCGGGAAGCCGUCCAGUCCCCGGCCGACGAGCGGCAGCGUCGGACGACAUGCGCUUCCGCCACCAGGGGGGCCUGACGUGGGCGACCAUGUCGGGUCAAACCGUGCGUCUCCAGGCCGUGGCCAUCCAGAACCUGUCGGAAGUGGAGCGAGCCAGACUCCGCCAAGUGGCCUGGUUCCACCUGGACCGGAGGGACCUCGACUUCAAGAUCAGCAUUCCGAGAGAAACGCGCAAACGUCAAAAGUCCCUGCGCCGGAGGUUUGAUUCCUUUUCCAAGGAAAAAAAAGAGCGCGAAUCCGCCCCCAAGGCGUUCGGCAUCCCGCUGUCGCAGGUGAUCGCCAACGACCGGGCCUUCAAGCGGCGUCAGGACGCCUUGAAAGAGAGCCGACGGGACUGCUCGGAGCCGGAGGCCAGCAUCCUGCGCUUCUGGGCCGAGAAGCGGCAACCGCUCUCGGGGGCCUCGCGCGCCGCGGCCCAGCCGCCGACGCGUUCCGUCCCGGACGCCGUCGGGCGAGGGCAGAGACGGGGCGGCCUCUCGGUGGACUCGAUCUCCGACCUGGUGGACAGUCAGUCCCGCUUGCUGGAGGCGCUGCAGCUCUCCCACCCGGCGGAGCUGGAGCCGAAGAAGGGCGGCGGGGGCCCGUCGGAGGGCAGGAGCCAGAGCAGGCUGAGCCUCAACCCCAUCUACCGGCAGGUGCCUCGGGUUCUGGACCGCUGCUGCGGCCACAUCGAGGCCCACGGUCUUCAGACGGUGGGCAUCUUCAGAGUGGGGAGCUCGAAGAAGAGGGUGCGGCAGCUGAGGGAGGACUUUGACGCCGGCGAGGACGUUCGGCUGGACGAGGAGCACAGCGUGCACGACGUGGCGGCCUUGCUCAAAGAGUUUUUGAGGGACAUGCCGGACCCUCUGCUCACCCGAGAGCUGUACCCCGCCUUCCUGCACGCCAACCUCCUCCGAGGAACGGAGCAGAUCCAGUACCUUCAGCACCUGGUCUACCUGCUGCCUCCCUGCAACUGCGACACGCUGCUGCGCCUCCUCGCUUUCCUGCACACGGUGCACAGCUUCGCCCAGGACGGCGUCGGCGACGACGACGAGGAGAUCCCCGGUAACAAGAUGACCGCCGCGAACCUGGCGGUCAUCUUCGGGCCAAACCUGCUCCAGAGGGAACGAGGAGGGGACGCCGGUCCGCAGGCGGCGGGGAUCGAGGACAGCACGGCCGUCAUUAACGUCACCCUGGCGCUGGUGCAGAACUACGGGAGACUUUUCACGGUGUCAGCGGAGCUGCAACAGGAAGUCCUGCUGAGUCUGAUCCAGAGCGACCCCGACAUCGUCGACUACCUGCUCCGCCGCAAACUCAGCGGCGGUUACACGACGGCGGAAAGCGGCGCCGGGUCGGGGGCCCGCCGGGGCACGGGGGCGUCUCUGGACUCGGCGGGGGCCUCCAGCGGGAGUCUGUCCCCGACGGAGCCCCGCUCGUCUCUCGAGGGAGGCCUGAGCGGCGAGGUGUUCCUCAGCGCGCUCAAGAUGAACCAGAGCAGGAAGCAGCGCGACGACAGAUACGGAGACGUCCGAGCCGGCAAAUCCAUCCGCCGCGUGCGACAUUUCCACUCCCACCACGACCUCCUCAGUCUGACGCGACCCGGCUUCUGCUCCCCGUCCACCGGCGCGCGGCCCCCGGCGGAAGCGGGCGGCGUUUGGGUGAGGCGGGCGGCCCCCGAGGAGGGCAAGACCAGAUUCCGGGACUUCUUCGCAGGGAAAGGCUCUGCCUCCGAGACGUCGGUAUGAUGGUGACGGGCUCCGCGGGGAAUGGUUGGCUCCUUCCCGUUCCCUUUUAAGUGGACUUUUGUCUUUGGCAAACGCUCUGCGGGUGCGGCACCGCGAAAGGAAUGGGCACGUGUACAUAAUUAUUUUUGAAACGCACGCGUGACUUAUUGUGUCAAAAUGCAAUAAAGUGUCGACUGUAUACGUGACCUGAAAGCAUCC